CAUUAUAACAUAUACUAAAGAAAUGCUCAUAUUACUAUAUUAUGGAUUGUUUUUAGUUAACAUUUCUUUUCAUUACUUUGUGUCGUGCCAUGGAAGCUCUAGACAUAGUGCCACCUUAAACACCCUUGGUACGCUGCAGAUUCCUAGGGCAACGGGUAGUUAUGGUCUCGCAUGGAUUUGGAAUAAGAAGCGCUACCCGCAUUUGCUUGCAUUCCACAAAGAAGGAUGUGAAUUUUGCGAGGACAUGGAACCAUUAAUACAACAGGCUAAUCAAGAAUUUGGACUACACAUUAAACGGCUUGAUAUAGCAUCGCCCAGCAACUAUGCUUUGUUGAUAAAGUUGGAUAAGGUAGCACACUGCGGUGGACUUCCAUUUUUCUACAAUUUAAAGACGCAUCGACACAUCUGUGGAGCGACUACCUACCAGAAUUUAGUAGCCUGGGCAACCGGCAAACCGUCCGGAACUAUAAUUCCUCCACCUAUGAAAGAAGAGGAGAUAAGAGCUACAUAUAGGAAAACAGGGGUAUAUGCUCGAAUUAUGAUAAAGUUAAAAGAUUUAUUGUUAAUGGGAGAGAAAAAGAUGCUGGAUCGUUUGGAUAACGAAUGAAUCCGUGGAUAUGCUUGUCGUGUGUU